CCCGCGGCACGCACGUCCGCCGGCAGCGGCGGCGCAGCGGACGAGGCCGAGGCCCGGGGGGCUGCGCGCGGCGGCCAUGGUGGGCCGCGAGAAGGAGCUCAAGAUCCGCUUCGUGCCCGGGCGCUGCGAGUUGGUGGAGGAAGAUAUUGAUAUUCCCAGUAGACGAGUUCUGAUCACUGGUGCUACGGGACUUCUUGGUAGAGCUGUGUUCAAAGAAUUCAAUGAAAAUAAUUGGAAUGCUGUUGGCUGUGGAUACAGAAGAGCUCAGCCUAAAUUUGAGCAGGUUAAUCUUCUGAACUCCGUUGCAGUUCAUGACAUUAUCCAUGAUUUUCAGCCUCAUGUUAUAGUGCAUUGUGCUGCAGAGAGACGGCCAGAUGUUGUGGAAAGCCAACCAGAUGCUGCUUCCCAGCUCAAUGUGGCUGCUUCAGGGAACUUAGCAAAAGAGGCAGCUGGGAUUGGAGCAUUUCUGAUCUACAUCAGUACAGACUAUGUAUUUGAUGGAACCAGCCCUCCUUAUAAAGAGACGGACGUACCAAAUCCCCUGAACUUAUACGGUAAAACCAAACUGGAGGGUGAAAAGGCAGUCCUGGAAAAUAACGAAGGUGCUGCAGUACUUAGGAUUCCUGUUUUGUAUGGGGAGGUGGAAAGACUGGAGGAAAGUGCUGUGACUGUUAUGUUUGAUAAAGUGCAGUUCAGUAAUAAGUCUGCCAACAUGGACCAUUGGCAGCAAAGAUUUCCUACAAAUGUGAAGGAUGUAGCAGUUGUUUGCAGACAGCUAGCAGAAAAAAGAAUGCUGGACCCCUCCAUAAAAGGAACGUUUCACUGGUCUGGCAAUGAGCAGAUGACAAAGUAUGAAAUGGCAUGUGCCAUUGCAGAUGCAUUCAACCUUCCCAGCAGCCACUUGAGACCAAUUACUGAUUGUCCAGUUGUAGGCGCUCUUCGGCCAAGGAACGCUCAGCUUGACUGCUCCAAGUUGGAGAUGCUGGGGAUUGGUCAGAGAACACCAUUUCGAGCAGGAAUCAAAGAAUCCCUUUGGCCUUUCCUCAUUGACAAGAGAUGGAGGCAGACUGUCUUCCAUUAGUUUGUAACUUUU